AUGUCAAUUUUCUCCCGGGUAUGGUCCCGACUAGGUCAUCGGGCAUCACUGCGGCCGCGUGUAUUUCCCAACUCAAACUUCAUCCGAAUCCCUGCCAGUGACAAACUUGAAGAGGAGACGCUACCAGACUAUCUCCCAGCACGCUAUUACCCUGUACGCAUCGGUGAAGUAUUCGUCGAUCGGUACCAAGUGGUUGGAAAGCUUGGCUUUGGUGCCAGCUCGACAGUUUGGCUGGCAAACGACCUAAGACAACGAUGUCACGUCGCUUUAAAGGUUUUUAUACGUUCUCAAGCACUUGGAGAACAUGCUGGGAAUGAAAUCGCCAUGUAUAAACGCAUGGAGCAACGCGCUUCUAACCACCCAGGCCGCAGCGCUGUCAGGACACUGCUAGACUCAUUCCAAGUCAAGGGACCCGAUGGCGACCAUUUGGUCCUGGCGCACCCACCACUUUGGCGAAGCGUUGAGGUUGCCAUCCGACGCAGUUCUCCCAAACGGCUACCACCCGCAGGCGUGCGCUUCGUCAUGAAGGAGUUGUUCUUGGCGUUGGAGUACUUACAUGAUGAAUGUCAAAUUAUUCACACAGAUAUCAAAGCGGACAACGUCAUGUUCGGCAUCGGCGAUCCUUCCGUCUUCGUUGACUUCGAAGAGGAAGAGAUGCAAAAUCCCUGUCCACGAAAGGAAGCGGAGGGGCGAACCAUCUACACUUCCCGUGUAAUGAAAUCCCCUGGCAAAAUUGGGCCCCCGGUAUUAUGUGACUUUGGAUCUGCCGUGUUUGGAGAUGUUGAGAACCGCGAGUGCGUGCAGCCCAAUGUCUACCGGGCCCCCGAAGUGACAUUGCAAGCUUCAUGGGACUACAAGAUUGAUAUAUGGAAUGCCGGCUGCAUGGUAUGGGACAUUUUCGAGGGCAGCCAGCUCUUCCACGGCAUUGACCCAGAGCAUCAUGAAUAUCGAAGAAGAGCUCACCUCGCUGAAAUUAUUGCACUUCUUGGGCCUCCACCAAAGUCACUACUUGCGCGCGGUGAGCUGGCUAGUAAAUUCUUCUCAGAUGAAGGCGAAUUCACUGCAGGAAUCGAUUUACCAGAAUCAACCUCGCUAGAGAAUAUCGAGACCCUUAUUGCCGGAGAUGAAAAGAAACGAUUUCUGGAGUUCAUGCAAAAGAUGCUCCAAUGGGACCCAGAACGGAGAAGUACUGCUGGAGAGCUCUUCCAAGAUGCUUGGCUGCAGGAGAAGAUAUAA